UCGGCUCGUGAGCUCAACUAGCUAGAAUGUUCUAGCUCUUUCACAUGUCUGUGUUUAUAACAGGAGACAGGCUCAUCUCCUGUUAUUUUAGAGAAACACAGUUUGUCUCGGUGCAUCAGGACUCCACGAAGGUGUGUAAGUCAUGUCAGACAACAGACAGGACAGGAGGUAUCCCCAGAACCUUCAGGGGGUUCUGCAGCUGGCAGUGGAGGCAGGGUCCGCUGCUGAGGGUCCAGUCCCUUCAGAGCCAAUGUCAGAGGAGAGGAAGACCUGGCUGAGAGAAGCUCUGUCAGAUAUCUGCAAAGGUCAGAUGGAUGAGGUGGAGCAGAUGAAGCAGAGCCUGGCUGUCCUGCAGAAAGAGCAAGAUGGUGAAGAAGAGAGGGAAGAGGAUGAGGAAGAUGAGCGAGAACUGGCCUUUGAGAUGCUGUCUGAGUUGUGUGAAAACCUGGACAAUGCUAGAGAUCUGAUGACUCUUGGUGGACUGGAGUUGUGUGUCUCCAGGUAUCUUUGUCACGUCCAGAGUGGGCUGAGGUGGCGGGCCGCCCAGCUCCUUGCCUCCUGUGCUCAGAAUAUGCCCCAGGUCCAAGAAUACCUGCUUAAAGCUGACGUGCUGCCAAAGCUGCUGCAGCUGACGGAUUCAGACCCCAAUCCCACCGUCAGGGUGAAAGCCCUGUACGCCGUCUCAUGUUUGGUCCGAGAGCAGGAAGCCGGACUGCAGGCGUUCGUUUCUCACGAUGGUUUCUCGGUGCUGAUGAGGGGUAUGCAGUCUGAAAACGAGAAAGUCAGGACCAAGUCUGCUUUCCUUCUGCUCAACCUGCUGACCUCUAACCCGGAACAUAAAGAAACGGUUGUGUCGAUGGGGAUGGUGCAGCAGCUAGUUUCCGUUCUUCGCACACCGCAUUCGCCUUUCCAUGAGCACGUGCUUGGUGCUCUCUGCUGUUUGGUUGAGGACUUUCAACAAGGCCUGGAAGACUGCAGGAGCCCGGCUUUGGGUUUGGAGGAAUUCCUCAAGCAGCGAACCAAAGAGCUCCAAGGGAAAGAAGAAAGUCAGGAGGAACUUGACUUCUGUGAGCGUUUGAGAGUUUUGUGCUUCAACGGGCAGCAGACCGAUGAUGUUGGGAUGGAUCGCUGAGGCAAUUUAUAUUUUUAAACCUUGCCGGUUUUUGCUUCCGUAUGAAAAGAAAAAUAUAACAGAACCUUCAUGAGCUGAAUCGUGGAUGUGGAGCAACAUUUUUUGUCUGUUACGACAGUUGAUGUUUUGCAUGUAAACCACAUGUUGGAUUUUUACUGUGUAAAUAGUUGUCCUGUAUAAAGCAUCUGUUCAACUCUUCA